AUGUCCAUUGAAACAUGGGUAAACGACGAGUUACAUGCUUUAAUGGGGAUGAGCGACCGGACGAUGACCCAAUUUGUGAUAGCUCUCGCGAAAAAGAGCACGAAUGCAGACGACCUGAUAGGAAAGCUUCGGGAUAAUGAUGCCGUCGCAGACAUCACACCAGCGGUCCGGGUCUUCGCUAAAGAAUUGCUCAACCGCGUCCCACAUGCAGCUCCGAAAGUCAAAGUACAAAAGGGUCCAUCUGAAGCCGAACGGAAAGUGAUGGAGAUGAGCAAGAUGAAUGCCCGAGUCACAUCUCUCGUCCAGGAUGAAGAUGACGGCUUUUCAUCCAGAAAGAAAAAAGAGAAGCAUUCAAGGAAACGCUCACAAAGCGAAUCUGAUGAAGAAGAUGUCAAAGAAGUGCGACGCGACAAACGAAAGCAUGGAGGGGACGAUGAAAUCGAUAAGAUGGAUGAGGAAGAUGAACAAGACCGCAGGGAACGUGACGAGUUUGCGGCGCGCCUACGGGAAAAGGACAAGGGGAAGACGAGAAAUUUGAAGGAAAGGCACGAAGUCGAUGAUCAACGGAAACAAAUGUCAAUCUCCGACCUGCGUGACGAGAGCCGAAAGAAAUAUUUGGCGAAAAGAAAGGACGACAAGGUGCACGAGCUCGAGCUUCAAGUCCAUGACGACGAGACGAUUUGGUCGAAAGAAGAGCUGUCAGCCAAAGAAAUUCGGGAGAUGGAGCUGCGGAAGAAGAAGUUGGAAUACGCCAAGAAAUAUCAGGAUGCUGAGGAGAUUACAAAAGCUGACCGAUACGUGAUGCCGGACGCUUCCAAAAAGUUAUUGCACGAGCAGUAUGUGGAGGAACAGGAGGUUGUUAAAGGCGGCGACGGCGCAAGAUGGGAAAGUGUUCAACUACAAGAAGCCCUGUUCCAUUUUGGUUCCAAGGAUCGACAUGAUGCGAAUCAAGACUUCGAACUAGUCCUUGAUGAAGAGAUCGAUUUCGUUCAAGCUUUACAAAUGCCCGGAACUGACGAAAAGCCUUCCGGCCCCACGGUCGCCGAGAAGCGGAAGAUGUCCAUUCAAGAGACGCGACGAUCGCUGCCCGUCUACAAAUUCCGCGAAGAGUUUAUUCAAGCUGUCCGCGACCAUCAGGUGCUAAUCGUCGAAGGUGAGACCGGCUCCGGAAAAACGACACAACUCCCCCAAUUUCUCUAUGAAGCCGGCUUCUGCGACGGAAACAAGCGAAUUGGGUGCACACAGCCGAGGCGAGUCGCUGCCAUGAGUGUGGCUGCUCGUGUAGCGGAAGAAGUGGGCACGAAAGUGGGAGGAUUGGUCGGCUACUCAAUCCGUUUUGAAGACUGCACUUCCGAGAAGACGGUCAUCAAAUAUAUGACAGACGGAAUGUUGUUGCGUGAAUUUUUGAACGAGCCGGACUUGGCCACCUAUAGUGUCAUGAUGAUUGACGAGGCCCACGAACGGACACUCCACACUGACGUUCUAUUCGGCUUGGUGAAGGACAUUGCACGAUUCCGGAAAGACCUGAAGCUCCUGAUCUCCUCGGCGACGCUGGAUGCCGAGAAAUUCUCAACAUUUUUUGACGAUGCCCCGAUCUUCCGGAUUCCAGGACGACGGUUUCCCGUCGACAUCUUCUACACGAAGGCCCCCGAGGCUGAUUACCUGGAUGCGGCCGUCGUCUCGGUGCUUCAAAUCCAUCUCACCCAGCCUCUACCCGGCGACAUUUUGGUCUUUUUAACUGGCCAGGAAGAGAUUGAAACGAUUCAAGAAGCCUUGAUCGAGAAGACGAAAGCACUGGGGCAGAAGAUCAAGGAGCUGAUCAUCUUGCCCAUUUACGCCAAUCUACCCUCAGACCUGCAGUCGAAGAUCUUCGAGCCCACGCCUCCGAAUGCUAGAAAGGUUGUUCUGGCGACGAAUAUUGCGGAGACUUCGGUUACGAUCGACGGCAUCUGCUACGUGAUCGAUCCGGGGUUCAGCAAGCAAAAUUCAUUUGACGCUCGGGCGGGUGUUGAACAUCUGCACGUCGUCACGAUCUCGAAAGCAGCAGCCAACCAACGAGCAGGGCGCGCUGGCCGUACGGGUCCCGGCAAAUGCUUCCGACUUUACACCUCUUGGGCCUAUCAGCAUGAAUUGGAGGAUCAGCCGAUUCCUGAGAUCCAACGCGUAAACCUUGGGAACGUCGUGUUGUUGCUGAAAUCACUCGGCAUCCACGACAUUGUUCACUUCGACUUCCUCGACCCGCCGCCGCAGGAAACGCUUGUGAUUGCGUUGGAGCAGCUCUACGCGCUGGGAGCCCUGAAUCACAAGGGCGAGCUGACGAAGCUCGGCCGACGCAUGGCCGAAUUCCCGUGCGAUCCGCAGAUGAGCAAAAUGAUCCUCGCCAGCGAGAAAUACGAGUGCGCGGAAGAAAUCAUUUCCAUUUCGGCAAUGAUGUCCUGCGGUGCGGCCGUAUUUUACCGUCCUAAGGCCAUGGUCAUCCACGCGGACGCGGCUCGUAAAGGCUUCUGGGGAGCGCCGAUUGUCGGCGACCAUAUGGCCCUGCUGAACGUGUACAACAAGUGGAAGGAGACGAACUACAGCCAGCAAUGGUGCAUGGAGAACUACGUUCAGCACAGGACCAUGAAGCGGGCCCGCGACAUCAGGGACCAGCUAGCGGGACUGCUUGAGCGUGUCGAGAUUGAGGCGAAAACUACUACCGACACUCAAGCUAUCAGGAAAGCAAUCACAGCCGGAUAUUUCUUCAAUUGUGCCAAGCUCGAUCAGAACGGGCAUUACAAGACGGUCAAGAACAAGCACACCGUCCACAUCCACCCAAACUCCUGCCUCAUCGAAGAGAGGCCCCGGUGGCUUGUCUACUACGAACUCGUCUUCACCAGCAAGGAAUUCAUGCGUGAGGUGCUCGAGAUUGAGAGCAAAUGGCUGAUGGAGGUCGCCCCCCACUACUACAAGGGCCAAGAGCUCGAGGAUUCGACGAACAAGAAGAUGCCCAAGCAGAAGGGCAAAUCGGCCAAGGAGCUGAGCGGGGAA